AGUAUGCCACACUAUAUAUAAAAACCAGGAAGCAAUCCAAAGGGAACGGCAAUAAUUUAGCUCUGCUGAAGACCAUACACAGAGUACAGUGAUGCAGAAAACUACUCCUGGCUGCCUCUUCCAGCAAAUGUGUUCCUCCCUUACGGGCAUUUCUAUGGAGAGAGACCACAUGAAAGACCUCAGAAGAUACCUGGUACUUAAAUACAUCCAGUACCUUGUCCUGUCUUCUUCAAACGCUGUCAGCACAUUUCUGGGCCUGCUGGGCAGUUUGUAUGCGAUAAUCCUCCUGCAGUCUGAAAAGGUUUCAUCCAAGUCCACUGCAGUUCUCAUCUCAAGCCUAGCAAAGGCAGACAUCCUGGUUGCUGUUAGCAUCAUAUCUGAGAUGGCUGUAGGGACAUUGGGUAUCAAUAUCUUAUCUCCAGCGUUCACAUUAGCUCUGCUGCAGAACCUCCUCAGUGCCAACACUCACAUCAGCUGCUUGCUGCUGAGCUGCGUUGCCUUCGAGGCUUAUUUGAUCACCUUCUUUGCCACAGAGUCUCGGCAUUUCCGGACAGUGACAAACGCCAGGCUGACUUCCAGGAUCAUCUGGAUCCUGGUGACUGUGGAGUGUGCCCUGUUCCAGGCAGAUGACCUCCUGAAGGCUCCCACCCGCAGCCCAUACGCUCUGUUGUUUCACAUCUCCAGCAUGGCCACAGCCUUCCUCAGGUCCCUCAGUUACAUCCUGGGCAUUCUUUUAAGGAUUAUCAAUGUAUACAUCUACUACAAGAUAUUCUUUAGCAUGUCCAACAGAUCUACACUAAAAACAAAGUAGUGACACCCAACAGAACACACUUCAAUGCUAUUUCAAACUGUUAGUUUGAAAACUGCUCAAUAACUAGCCCCAAGGCUCAUGGUUUGGCACACCAUGGAGUUUAAACCUCCCUGUUUCAUGAUGGUGUUGAGCCUUGGCUAUUGUGAAGAGCUUGGGGCUGGGGAGCUCCUUGGCACUGAAACACAACAGAGUUGGGCUGUGGGUGCUUGUGUUGAGAGCCUUAGAGCACCACAGGCUUGCUUUGAUUGUCUGUAAUCAACUUUAUUCACUUUAUAGGUGAAACAAAUGACAUUUCAUAAAUGGUUCCAAAAGCUAAAGCAACCCAAAUAUUUUUUAUAUAAAAAGGGUGCUUAGAGUCUGACUCAGAGAUCUGCAGAGCCAAGAGCUGUAUGGUCGCAUAGUGAAGACAUGAUCUAUGUCCUAAACCAUCUCUAACUCAGGUGACCCACCAGACUCAGCAGGUAGGAUUGAGGGACAUCUCGUCAUCAAGCUGAUCUAGCCUAACUGGAUUUGUCAUGCAGGUGGUAUCAGCCCCUCUGUGUGAAUCCCCAGAACAGACACUGCCACACCUUGGUACAUGCCUCGAGCUAUUAUUGAGGUUGCUAUCACAAAGUUUUAUAUGUUAUCUCACAUCCCCCUUCAGAUAUAAACCAGAGGUGGAAAACCAGAAUGCAGUUGUUUGCUGCAGCCCUAAAAGGGGGGAAGAGAAUAUAAUAAACCCCAUGUGUUGAGGGCUCCACAUACUGUACCCAGAGGGGUCAUCAGUGAUUUCAGUGGCCAUGGGUUUGGAGACAGGGAAGUAUGUGCUGUGGUUAGCAGGGCUGUUCCAGCUCCCUUGGCAGUGGUGCACAAGACCAGGGGCAUGGAUGUCUCUGGCUGCUGAUGUAUAACAGAGCUGUUACACAGCUGGUGAUUCCUAUGGUCUCCUCAAAGCACUGUGAGGUUAUCAGUGAAGUACUCCAGAUACCUCAGACAUUCCCCAGUGCACAAGUGGAUGUAGGCACUUACAACUACUUGUGUACAUUGCAUGGGAGAUGGACUCCAGUUUCAGUAAAAGACUGAUUUACAGAUAUUGAACUUGUGUUGUAUGUUCUGCAGUCCAAAGACCAUAAAAGGUGGAAAGAAAAGUAAAAUAAGCCAAUCCUCCUUCCCUCCAUGCUGCUUUCAGACCUUCAAUACACCUUGCCAGCUUGAGCAUCGCAAUAACCUCUGCCUUUUUGAGAAGGAUGUGGGGCACAAAACCCAAACAUGAUGAAUUUCAGCUCUAACCUUCCCUCCAUCAGCCUGCAGUAGGUCCUCACUCUCAGACUGGUACCAGCAAACGCCUGACAUGCCCCAGUGGUAGCGAUUGCUUUGCACUUGGACUAUUAGAGCUGAAAAUCGGAGCUGUAACCUCUUUCCCAAGCGCCUGUAGUUCAAAGCGAUUCGAAGCACAGGAGCUGUCAAUUGAUGAUCAUACUUCACAAACACAAGGCAAACAACAAGCACAGAGGAAUUUCCUGCUCUUUGCUCGCCAGCCAGCACCUGAAUUUCACAAUCACACUCUUUGUAGUUGGUCUCAGAAGAGUUUUCCUCUUUCACCAGAUGAACUUGACCGAAAGGCAACACCCGAGAAAGGGGCAGAGGAACCGGAUGCACCCAUCAUGCUGCUGUGGGAGAACCACCUCUCCCUCCGGCUGUCUUCAUUGCAGCCAGUCUAAAUGAAACUAAACAGGGGUUUUAUAAGUCAGAUAAAGUGAGAACCACUUUAGUGAAUGGCAGAUAUCCCAGUCCCAGGAGUAUGCAUCCUACACUGGGAUUUUUCAUCCUACAGUGGGAGUAUUCUGCCCAAGUACAGUUGUUUAUGAUCAAUACCUCAGUGUUGGAGAUGCUGUGAACAGUGCAGGGCCAGAAGCGAGUGAAGAGCACUUGGCAGUGCUUCUUAUCAGACUGAAACACUACUAAAGGCUGGUUACCCCAUAAAAGCAGAACAGAAAUGUAACCAAGUCACUUGAAACAACCUUUGAUGUAUGCUGCCUAAACAAAGACGAUUCCUUCUGGAAGAGGGAUGUCUGGUAACUUGAUGCACUGUGGUACACUAAUUCUGGAGGCCUGAAGUGCCACAUUCAGGAGAGACAAAAUGCUGCUUGAAGUUCUGUAAUUAAUAAAACUUCAUGUUUUUUAAUGUG